AUGAACAGUCAACCAUCGCCCGGCCAGACAGACGAGGAACCGCCCAUCAACAUCCGCAUCAGCACGAGCCCUCCCAUCAGCAUCCCCUUCCAUCUGCGGCAACGGCCCCGAUUCUACGAGACAUAUGCGUACGAGCCGCCGCAGCACCACGAUGACCCCCUCGAUGUCCCGUCUCUCCUCCAGCCUCCCCAGGCGAACUAUCAGACGUAUCAAUCGAUGAUGCGGCUUGAUCCCUCGUCGUCCAUCGUCACAUCCAUGCCGACAGACUCCCUCUUCGCCCAUACGACCCCCGUGCAAGACCUCGGCGACGUUGUGCAGUUCAACCAGGAGAGGGCAAAUGCCGUCCAGAGGAGAAACGAGGCGUCGCAGAUCCAGUGGCUCAACACCUCGUUUGACUGGGAAGGCGACGUCUUGACAAGCCAGGGGCUGCCCCUUGGUCGGCAUUCUCAUGUCCAUGUCUCAAGCCUGGAUGUCUGUCCGGAGGAGACCUUUUCUGCCGAUACGCGGCUUUUUACCGACCAGUUGAGUGACAGCCUUGGCGAGUCGCCAUGGCAGGCCAACGGAUACUAUCCGGGCAACACACACGAGCAUUUGGAUCACAGUACCCUAGCCCUUCAGGAUGGCCAUCAUAGGCAUGCCGCCGGCCUUGCUUCGGAACUGCGACUGCACGGACGAACAGGCGGCUCCAACAGUCAACAAGGGUUUGCGGCGGAAGCCGGCGUGGAGCAGAUGGUGAGGACUCUAGAUUCGGUGUUCACCCGCAUAUCCAUGGCGCCGGACGCCACCGGACCCCAUGACGCACAUCGCACCUUUAUGUGCCCCUAUGCCAUGAGAUACCCAAGCCGCGUAAGCUACAGCUGCUUCCAGAGGCUCAAUACAAUCCCCUACGUGAAGCAGCAUCUGAGACACAACCACCAUGACGCCAUCCGAUGUCCCCAUCGGUGCCAGAAUCGAAGACAAGGGCCCAGACCUCCGCGAAGCCGGCCCAUCGCCGGCCUCUCUUUUGGCGCAGACAUGUGUCUCCAGAUUAACAAGCAGCGGAGUGACCGGUCCAAGACGCACAAGGAGCAGUAUGAGCGCAUCUACCAGAUCCUGUUCCCCGGUGCGGAUCGCAUCUCCGACCCCUACAUUGGGAAUUCGACGGUCAGGUGGCUCAGGGGUCUCUUCAAGUUCAUGGAGACCCACGGCACUGAUUGUCUGGCCCCCGUCUAUGCGCAGCUUCCAGGCACGAUAUCAU